CCUUCACAGACCGCCAUGUCGGUCCGGCAAACCUCCCAUCAAUCGCCACCUCCUGUGAUCAUCUUUUUCCUUUCAGUCAUCUUUCUUAUUUCUCGUGCAAAGGCCGAUGAAGUGGAGAUAUUGCUCAAGUUUAAAUCAGCUGUAGAAAGCUCAGCGUCGAAUGUUUUCAGUUCAUGGAAACAAGGGAACUCUGCAUGUAACUUCAGUGGAGUUGUUUGCAAUUCGAAUGGGUUCGUCACCGAGAUCAAUCUUCCCCAACAACGAAUUCUGGGAUAUGUUCCUUUUGAUUCAAUCUGCGAGUUGCAAUCACUGGAGAAGAUUGAUGUUGGGAACAACUCUUUCCAUGGGAAAGUUUCAGAUGACCUGAAGAAAUGCACUCGCCUGCAAUACUUGGAUUUGGGAGUCAAUAAUUUUUCUUGGGAAGUGCCGGAUUUGUCUUCUUUAAAUGGAUUGAAGUUCUUGAAUUUGAACAACAGUGGAUUUUCCGGGAUUUUCCCAUGGAAAUCGCUGGAAAAUCUCACGGAAUUGGCUUUCUUAAGCCUUGGUGACAAUCCGUUCGAUGAAAGUCCGUUUCCACCGGAAGUUCUGAAGCUUGAGAAAUUGUAUUGGCUUUAUCUAACCAAUUGCAGCAUCACAGGGCAGAUUCCUGAGGGAAUUCAGAAUCUCAGUCUGCUGCAAAAUCUUGAACUCUCCGAUAACAGAUUGUAUGGUCCAAUCCCUGCUGGAAUUGGGAAACUCAACCAGCUUUGGCAACUUGAGCUUUACAACAACUCAUUGUCUGGAAAAUUACCUGUUGGAUUCGGAAACCUUACGAAUCUUAAGAACUUCGAUGCGUCGAUGAACAUGCUCGAAGGAGACUUAUCGGAGUUAAAAUUGUUGGAGAACAUUGCUUCGUUGCAGCUCCUUGAAAACCAAUUUUCAGGAGAGGUUCCAGCUGAGUUUGGUGAAUUCAAACACCUUGAAGGGCUAUCACUAUAUAGGAACAAGUUCACUGGUCAGCUCCCUCCUAAAAUCGGGUCAUGGUCCGAUCUUCGUUUCAUAGAUGUUUCGGAGAAUUUUUUGACAGGUCCUAUACCACCAGAUAUGUGCAAGAAUGGCAAGAUCGUUGAGCUUCUGCUGCUGCAGAACAGCUUCACUGGCACUCUGCCGGAGAGCUACGCAGACUGUAAGUCGUUGGUUCGGUUACGAGUCAACAACAAUUCGUUGUCGGGGACUGUCCCUGCUGGAAUAUGGAGUUUGCCAAAUCUCUCCAUACUUGAUCUUACCAUGAAUCGAUUUGAAGGUCCAAUAACCGAUGACAUUGGUAAUGCCAAGUCUCUUGCACAACUAUUCUUGGCCAAUAAUCAGUUUUCAGGUGAAUUGCCUCCUUCGAUCUCUCAAGCUUCAUCGUUAGUCUCGAUUCAGCUUACUUCAAAUAGAUUUACCGGUCAAAUUCCAACAGCCAUUGGAGAAUUAAAACGCCUAGGCAGCCUUUAUUUGAAUGGUAACAUGUUUUCCGGUGUAAUACCAGAUUCAUUAGGCUCUUGUGUUUCUUUGAGUGAAUUAAACCUUGCAGGUAAUUCACUUUCAGGGAACAUUCCUGAGAAUUUAGGAUAUUUACGUAACCUUAACUCCUUGAAUUUAUCUGAAAACAAACUCUCUGGAGAGAUUCCGGCCAGUUUGUCAUCUUCAAGAUUAAACCUUCUUGAUUUGUCAAACAACCGGUUGGUUGGUCCCAUACCGAAAUCUUUAUCUAUUCAGGCUUUCAAAGAUGGCUUUGAAGGAAAUCCGGGCCUAUGCAGCUCGGAUCUUGAGAACUUUCAGCCGUGUUCAUCAAAUGCCGGUCCUAGAUCAAGUCAUCUUCCAACGAUUUUAUCCUGUUUCAUAGCUGGAAUAUUAGUCCUGCUUUUAUCACUAGGAUGUUACAUGUUCGUGAGGGCGAAGCGGAGUAAUCUUGAUCGUCCAUUGAAGCAGGGAUCUUGGAACAUGAAAUCAUAUCGCAUGCUAAGUUUCACUGAAAAGGAUAUCAUCGAUGCUGUCAAACCGCAGAAUUUGAUAGGUAAAGGGGGAUCAGGGAAUGUCUAUAAAGUUGAACUGGGAGAUGGCAAAGAACUUGCCGUGAAGCAUAUUUGGACCUCAGAUUCCAGCAAUCGCAGAAACUACCACAGCAGUACGGCUAUGCUAACACCAAGUAGCUUCCGGUCACUAGAAUACGAAGCGGAGGUGGCGGCAUUGAGUGCCAUUAGGCAUGUGAAUGUGGUGAAUCUGUACUGUAGCAUCACGAGCGAGGAUAGCAAUCUGCUGGUUUAUGAGUAUCUACCAAAUGGGAGCCUGUGGGACAGGCUGCAUUCAUGUAAUAAGAUGGAGAUGAACUGGGAGACGAGAUAUGCCAUCGCAUUAGGAGCCGCUAGAGGGUUAGAGUAUUUGCAUCACGGAUGCAAUAGACCGGUUAUACACCGUGAUGUGAAGUCGAGCAAUAUUUUGUUAGACGAAGAGUGGAAGCCGAGGAUUGCUGAUUUCGGACUCGCAAAGAUCGUGCAGGAUGGCGGUGGAGGGGAAUGGACUAAUGUUAUAGCUGGAACUCAUGGUUACAUGGCUCCUGAGUAUGCAUACACAAGCAACAUAAACGAGAAGAGCGAUGUUUACAGCUUCGGAGUCGUGUUGAUGGAGCUGGUCACGGGAAAAAGGCCGGUCGAGCUCGAAUUUAAAGAGAACAAGGACAUAGUUAACUGGAUCUAUACUAAACUCAGGACCAAAGAAACUCUGGCUGAGGUAGUUGACUCUAACAUCUCAACGGCAUCAAAGGAAGACGCCAUCAAGGUGUUCAGAAUCGCGGUCCACUGCACGGCGAAGAUUCCGAUGCAUCGACCUAGCAUGAGGAAGGUGGUUCAAAUGCUAGAGGAGGCAGAACCUUGUAAACUUACUGAUAUCAUUGUUCACAAAAAAGGUGAAAGUAGCCCCACUGAGGAGUGGAAGAACAAUGGCAAGUUAGUCUAAAGCUCUUGAAUUCGUCAUCCGGUAACGAUUCGAGAUUGAUCUUCAGAACCCUGAGUGAGCAGCAAGAACUAGGAAGCUUGUUUUUCGUUGGCUCAUAAAAGAGAGCAAGGUCAGUUUCCGAGUUUCGAGUGUAGUUGCAGAAGAAAGCUAGGUAGCAAUAGCAGGUGAUAAAAUCGACAAGUAUGUAGGUGUUUUUCGUCUUCCUCCUUGUAAUAUAUUUGCACCAGUAAUCUCACACGAGCAUGAUGUAAUCCUUCAAGGAUAUAUGUAUACAACAAAUGCUAUCUUUUGGGGACAAAA